GGAGGGCUCUGCUGGUGAGGUCGGGUCGCCUCUCGUGGCUCAUUUCCAUAGCUCCCUGAAGCCUCAGCCUCCGGGAGUUAUGCUCGGUUAUCAAGAUCUGCGCUACCAAAUUGCACCGGGGUUGAUUUGGGGGCUGGGAAUUUGCCAUUCCGCUGUACAGACACUGGGUGCUUUUAAAGCAAGAUUUUAGGUGAUGGGAAGAUCUGAAAGUCAGAUGGAUAUAACUGAUAUCAACACUCCAAAGCCAAAGAAGAAACAGCGAUGGACUCCUUUGGAGAUCAGUCUCUCAGUCCUUGUCCUGCUCCUUACUAUCAUAGCUGUGACCAUGAUAGCUCUCUAUGCAACGUACGAUGAUGGUAUCUGCAAGUCAUCAGAUUGCAUAAAAUCAGCUGCUCGACUGAUCCAGAACAUGGAUGCAACUAUUGAGCCUUGUGCAGACUUUUUCAAAUAUGCCUGUGGAGGCUGGCUGAAACGCAAUGUCAUUCCUGAGACCAGUUCCCGUUACAGUAAUUUUGACAUUUUAAGAGAUGAGCUAGAAGUUAUUUUGAAAGAUGUCCUCGAGGAACCCAAAACUGAAGAUAUUGUAGCAGUGCAAAAAGCAAAAACAUUGUACAGAUCCUGUAUAAAUGAAUCUGUCAUUGAUAGUAGACGUGGACAACCUCUACUCAAACUGUUGCCAGAUAUAUAUGGGUGGCCAGUGGCCACAGAAAACUGGGAACAAAUAUAUGGUACUUCUUGGACAGCUGAAAAAUCUAUGGCUCAAUUGAGUUCUAAAUAUGGAAAAAAAGUUUUAAUUAAUUUUUUUGUUGGCACUGAUGAUAAGAACUCUACCUACCAUAUAAUUCAUUUUGACCAACCUCGACUUGGCCUCCCUUCCAGAGACUACUAUGAAUGCACUGGAAUAUAUGCAGAGGCUUGUAAUGCAUAUGUGGAUUUUAUGAUUUCUGUGGCCAAAUUGAUUCGUCAAGAAGAAGGAUUGCCUAUUGAUGAAAACCAACUCUCUUUGGAAAUGAAGAAAGUUAUGGAAUUGGAAAAAGAAAUUGCCAAUGCUACAACUAAAUCUGAAGAUCGAAAUGACCCAAUGCUUCUUUACAACAAAAUGACUUUGGCUCAGCUCCAAAAUAAUUUUUCACUGGAGAUCAAUGGAAAGCCAUUCAGUUGGUCAAAUUUCACAAAUGAAAUCAUGUCAACUGUGAAUAUUAAUAUUCCAAAUGAGGAAGAGGUGGUUGUGUAUGCUCCAGAAUAUUUAAUCAAACUUAAACCCAUUCUUACCAAAUAUUCUGCCAGAGAUCUUCAAAAUUUAAUGUCCUGGAGGUUCAUAAUGGAUCUUGUAAGCAGCCUCAGCCGAACCUACAAGGAGUCCAGAAAUGCUUUCCGCAAGGCCCUUUAUGGCACAACAUCAGAAACAGCAACUUGGAGACGUUGUGCAAACUAUGUCAAUGGGAAUAUGGAAAAUGCUGUGGGAAGGCUUUAUGUGGAAGCAGCAUUUGCUGGAGAGAGUAAACAUGUGGUUGAGGAUUUGAUUGCGCAGAUCCGGGAAGUUUUUAUUCAGACUUUAGAUGAACUCACCUGGAUGGAUGCUGAAACAAAAAAGAAAGCUGAAGAAAAGGCCUUAGCAAUUAAAGAAAGGAUAGGCUAUCCUGAUGACAUUGUUUCAAAUGAUAACAAACUGAAUAAUGAAUAUGUCGAGCUAAACUACAAAGAAGAUGAAUACUUUGAGAAUAUAAUUCAAAAUUUGAAAUUCAGCCAAAGUAAGCAACUAAAGAAGCUCCGAGAAAAGGUGGACAAGAAUGAGUGGAUAAGCGGAGCAGCCGUAGUCAAUGCAUUUUAUUCUUCAGGCAGAAAUCAGAUAGUCUUCCCAGCUGGCAUUCUGCAGCCCCCCUUCUUUAGUGCCCAGCAGUCAAACUCAUUGAAUUAUGGGGGCAUUGGCAUGGUCAUAGGACAUGAAAUAACCCACGGCUUCGAUGACAAUGGCAGGAAUUUUAACAAGGAUGGAGACCUGGUUGACUGGUGGACUCAACAGUCUGCAAAUAACUUCAAGGACCAAUCCCAAUGCAUGGUUUACCAAUACGGGAAUUUCACCUGGGACCUAGCAGGUGGACAGCAUCUCAAUGGAAUUAAUACAUUGGGAGAAAACAUUGCCGAUAAUGGUGGUCUUGGCCAAGCAUAUAGAGCCUAUCAGAAUUAUAUUAAAAAGAAUGGUGAAGAAAAAUUACUCCCUGGACUUGACCUAAAUCACAAACAACUGUUCUUCUUGAACUUUGCCCAGGUGUGGUGUGGGACCUACAGGCCAGAGUAUGCAGUCAACUCCAUUAAAACAGAUGUGCACAGUCCAGGCAAUUUCAGGAUUAUUGGGACUUUGCAGAAUUCUGCUGAGUUUUCAGAAGCCUUUAAUUGCCGAAAGAAUUCAUAUAUGAAUCCAGAGAAGAAGUGUCGGGUUUGGUGAUCUUCGCAGGAGGCAGUGCAUCCCCUGGCUCAACGUGCCAACACCACAGAAAUGGGGAACUCUAGCGGGAGAGAGUGGGCUCCGGAGGUCACUGCAACUACUUGGGCUAAUUAAGGAAAGCAUCAUAAUACAAAUGAAAUUAGGAUUUUCUGGGAAAAUUAUGGAAGGAAGAGGGGGUCUAAGGUCUGUCAAAUCAGUCACUUCUCAAGUGUAAAUAAUGAUUAAUUCCAAUAGACAUUAUUACAAUUCAUUUCUAUUUCUCAUAUUUCUGUCACUUUGAUGUUUUCCCUAGAAAAUAGUGUUAAUCACUUGCAGCUGACCAGGAUUUCUAUUCAAGGAGUGAAAGAAGAUGUUGUAUUUAUGCAGUUGGACACCAAAAUCACAGUGGUUAUAUGAUCAUUUUAAACAUAUGGCCUAAAUACUUGUUUUUACUUUUUUUGCAAUAUUUAUACUCCUCCAAAACUCUUCCAAAGAACUCUUAUACAUAAUGGGGCCUUAGAGCUUACAUAGCUUUAAACUCAUUUGCCAUACAUUAGUUUAUUGUCAUUAUUUUAUUUUAAGUACUGUUAGUGCAAAAAUGAAAGUCUAAAACUUGUGUUGUACCUGCUUUACUGAUAUUAAGUCCCCUACAAUUUUCUAACAAUUCUUGCUCUCUCUGUCUCUCAAAACUUGGUCUUUUUAAACGAUUUGUAGUAAUGUAUAAAUAAUAAUUUUUAUAUUUAAUUGUUAACUACACUUAAAACUAAGUAACUGUUAUUAUAGGUGUUCAUUAAAUAUUGAAGUUUCAGACCAAGAUAAACUGUUAUGAACCAAGAUCUGUAAAGUGAUGUACAGAUGAAAAUUUGAGACUUUUUUAAACUUAUAAAUCAUAUUGAUGAAAAGCUUUGAGCACUAACUUUGGAGUAAAAAUUGUCAUUGAACAGUUGUCUAAAGAUAUAAUCUUAUGGUUUACAAACAGGAUUUUUUAAAAUUAAACCUGUCCCUAAGAGUGGCUAUGAUAAAAGGGCAAAAUUGCAUUUACAUAGCUCUGUGACCCUUUAUCUUUUUAGGUUUGUCAUGGAAAAAAUAUUUUGAUAAUAAAUUGAAGUUAUGACCCCAUUAUUUACUAAGCCUUUGUGUGAGCCGUCCAGCUUUAGAAAGUGCAUUUAUUUCUAAAUAGGAAUGGGAGGCCUCCAGUAGACCUACUUCUGGAAUUCUAAGUCAUGUAGAUUUCUGGGCGGGGAGUAUGUCUAGUCCCUAACAAGAAUUCAUCUCUUGAGCUUUUAUGUUCCUCUCCUUCCCUAUCCUGUUGGCUAGUUUAGCUCAUUUCAUUACUUGAUGAAGACUUUACAAACAAGGUACAGUUCCAUAACCUUUAAUUUUUCUAACAAAAUGUAAAAACAGAGAAUUUUUAUCCAAAAUUUAGGUAUUAGUUUUCCUUCCCUUGAAAAAUUCCCAUUUGCCUUUAAAAUGUUAUUGAAAUAUAACAAUACUCUUAUAUACAUAAAAAUUGCAUAUAGCAUAAGUGUAGAGGCCACUGAAAUCACUCUCUCGGAACAUCCAAAACUUAUAGCCAAAACCUGUAAAAAACAAAAGGUUGCCUUAGAAGCCUGCUUUUGUCAUUUCAGUCCUCUACUAUCCAGAUCCCUCAUAGCAUACACUACAUUUGCCUGUAUUGUCUUUUAGAUAAAUGUAGAAUCAGUCAGCAUACAUUCUUUAGUGUGUUUUCUUUCUUUCAGCCUUACAUUUGUGAGCAUCAACUAUGUUGUUACGUUGACUAUGGAUCUUUAAUUCUCAUGGCUGAAUAAUAUUCUAUUGUGUUAUCACACUACAAUUCAUUCAUCCAUCCUAUGGUUAAUUGGAUCUUGAUACACUUCUUGUUUCUGGCUAUUAGAAAUAAUGUAACUAUGAGUUAUAAACUGUGUCUGCAUAUUAAUGUUUUUACUUGAAUCUUUAGUGGACUCAUCUCCCCAAAUCUUUGCAAAACUUAUUAUAAAUAUUGAUAAUAUAAUUUCAGCUAACCAUGAAUAUUUUUAUGCUUUCCCCUUUAACACAAUCACUAUUAUCAUGGAUAAUUCAAAGUAUAUUUUAUGUCUAUAUUUCUUUAAAAUAAAUAUACUUAAGUGAUAUUUGUAGUUGAAAUAAUAGGAGCACGUAGUGCUUAAUAAAACAGCUGUCUCUGAGUUAUUUUACUCUCAUCUUCUCAAAACUACUGAAAAGGCAGAAGUGGAGAGUAAUACAGAUUAUAAAAGGCCAUUAGUGUCCUCACUGCUAGCUCUUGAAAACAUUAGACACCCACCCCUGUGGAGCAACAACUCCAGUACCUGGAUCCCUGCUCUCUAUAUAAGUAAGGUUUGGGGCCAGUAUGUAGCUGAAUGGUGCUAUGCCUGCCUGGCAAGCACAAGGUCCUGAGUUCAAUCCCCGUAUUGGUGGGGGGGUGGGGGGGUGGAGAAGAAGUCAAAAUAGCAAUUUCUUUUCCUCCGACAUCUGGAAAUCAUUAACUGUACAUGGUGCUCUUGAGUCGUAUGGAACCUUAUGAUCUCUCUCAACCACUCGUAACCAUUUGGAAUUGCCACAUUAAAUAAUGCAUAUAUAUAAUCUUAAAUGUAAAUCUAUUUCCACAAUGCCUGAGUUCUAGUCAAGAAAAGAGUUUGGCAGCCGAAACGCCAACUAUGGAAUGAAGAUGGGAGCUCAGGAAUGAAGAUAGGAAGAAACUCUUGGUAACACAUGUUAGUAAGGAGUUUACCUCCAUGCUUUACUGUCUGUGUGGAUUCUAAGUGCAGGUGGAAAGGAUGUUACCCUGGAAUAUGUCUUUGUUCUAGUCCUAUUCUACUACUACUGGCAAGAUGACCUUGAGCAUUUGUAUGUUCUUUGGGGCCUCUGUUUCUGCCACCCAAAUAAAAAAGGAUUAGAUUCUACUGGUUUUGACCAAAAAAGGAA